AUGCCUUUCCCUUUUGUUCUUCCCACAACUUCGGCCUUCUCAUUCUCGUCCAGCUUCAGCAGUGAUACUCACCCUUCACUGCCCCUCAGUUCCAGCACCUACCGCGGGGUUGUGAGAGAUGCCCUCAAGAAACAUAAACGAAUACCCCCGUCAUCGCAAUCUUCCCACAUUUCGACAGUCAUUGGAGCUCUGAACGGCUACAUCCCCUAUAUUCUUGCAAUUGAUGCUGGACUGAACCCGACGUCUCAGUCAGGUGACUACAUCAACCUCAACACCAAGACGCCGCCGUCCAUCGAAUGGCGGCCAACGCUUUCGGACAAUGCAGUGCCCGGCAGGGAGCGAUCGAGGGUAAAGGUGCAGUCCAUAGACCAUGAGAUCGCCUUCACUCUUUCAUCUCUAGCCAACUCAUACACUUUGGUUGCCCGGGCUGCUCUACACCCGCUGUACGUCACAACACACGCCACGUUGGACAAUCAGCAGCGCACAGCUUCCAUUCAAACGGCGACGAAAUACCUCUUGGAUGCUGCAUCAAUAUACGAUUACGUGGCUUCCCGGGCUGAAAGAAUCCAGGUUCCGCCACCAUGCAGCGAUGUAUCACCCUCGGCUCUUCGAGCCAUGUCGUGCCUAGCUCUCGCCGAGGCGACACUCCUAGCCGUCCUCAAGGACGAUCCCUACCCGGCCAUCGUCGCCCAGGACCGCAAUAAGAAUGACCGCGAGUGGAUGUUCAAAGCCCCCGAAAUUCCAAAGGUUCGCGCCCAUCUGUUUGCACGCCUGUGUCUCGCCGCCGCCGAGCAUGCCGCCCAGGCCUCCUCUCUUUGCCAAGCUGCGGGGCGGGGUUCCAGCAAGAUCAACGAUGGGCUGCUCCGUUACCUCGAAGACCUUCGAAGGACUUGCCGCGCAAAGGCAUGCCGUUUCUUCGGCAUAGAUUCAGAGAUUAGUGGCCAAGUUGGCACGGCUAUCGCAUGGCUGCAGGCCGGUCUCCAGGAGUUGGGCGUUGAGUCCAAACAUUCAACCAAAGGUACCGGCUUCAGUCGGUUCAAAAAGGAGUGGAGCGAGAAACGUGAGGAUCGCAAGGUUGAAAAGGAGACGACCUGGGGUGCGGAUGGCGGCAAGGGCGAGGAAACAAGGGUAACUGAGUUACUCGAAGGGAAAUGGCACAAGCUCAAUGACACGAUGAACGUCCAGAUCGUGCCUCCGAUCGGGCCCUUGCUAGCUCAGAUGCCAUCUGGCCGUGAGAUACACACCCUCAAGCCGUAUCAGCCACCAGCGUUGGAUCGCAGCAUCUUGGAAGCCAUGCGCGCGCCGCCUGAGAGAAGUGACGAUUACGGAGAUGCCCUGAGCUCGGAUGACGAAGGCAAAGGCCUCCCUGGCCCACCUGGAGGAUAUCCUGAUUCGAGACCGGAAUACAGGAGCGGAAGCACGUCCUAUUACUAG